ACACCCCACAAUUAUACCUAUACCCUCCCAAAACAAAUAAACUACUCAAAGCUGAGGCCCAUUAUCAUCAUUGACGAAAGACAAAAAGCAACAACCGCUACAGUCUUUGAAGUUGAAUCAGAAACAAGUUGGAUAGAUCGGAGUAACUCAGCUAAAGCUUCCCGGGGAAACGCGAUCGGAGUUUCUCGUCGGCCGGCAGAAACAAAGCUAGAAACGCGUCCAGGUUCUCCGAUAAUGGCAAAAACAAAUAAAAAGCGCCCAGAAAAACUUCAUCUAGAGGAUGAUGAUUGGAUUAUAGUUAAAAAGCAGAGAGUGAUAAUUCUUGUUCCUGCUGCAUCUGAAAGAUCCUCAACAGAAAAUGAAGAGGUGAAUCACAUUCAUCCUAUGCCUCUUGUAAUGUCAGGUAACCUCCAGAAACUUCCCACGGAGACACCUAACGAAAAUCCUUCUAGUAAUGAACAAGAUAAGGCCGUUUCAUUGGCUGUCCAAAAGAAGAUUCAUACUGUGAGAAGAGCUCCUCCUCCACUAUUACCUAAAUCACCUUCAGCCAAUCCACCAUUUGUAGAUCAAAGAAUAGAAUCGGAAAAUCCACAUCAAGUGAGUAGUUUUAAACCCCACAGGUUAGUUGGAGUAUCAAAUACAUCAAAAACUAUUAAGCAGCCCAGAACAUUAUUUGCACCUAGAAGGUUCUCCAACUUUACAACUUUGGAUCGAGGUUUGAGAGCAUCAAAUCUCGAGAGGAAGCUUGAAAGAGCUGGUGGGUUGAACAAGUGGCUGGCUUCACUUGGACUGGAGCAGUUUGUGAGAAUGUUUCAAGGGAAGAUUAUCAGUAAGUAUCAGCUGGUGAAUCUGACCAUGAAAAAACUCAAGGAUAUGGGUGCCAAUGCGGUGGGACCUCGCAGGAAACUAAUCCACGCCAUGGACUGUGUUUGCCAGCCAUAUUGCUUUGAGGCCUUGUAGAAGUCUGAGUCUGUAGGAUAUUGAAAAUUUGAAAUUAUAUACACCACAUCCCAGGACAUGGUACUAAUGUAAAACCUGGUUUUUGGAUGCUCUUCUGAUCAUGGCGCUCGAGUCUCAAAUAGUGUUUGAAUAGAUUUCUACUAUUGUAUUAGUUGUAUAUACUUAUGAUUCAUGAAUUAUGAGCAAAUAUUCUAAAUGAGUGAGUGAGGGAGGUUCACUCUGAUAUAUUGUGUUUGGUUGAAAUAUAGAGGAAUGAUUCUCCUUUUCUUUUCC